AUGUCCUCCGUCGCCAGGGUUUUUACUACCUAUGCCGGUGCUGGUGGCGGUGGCGGUGGCGGUGGCGGCAGAGGAGGAGGUGGAGGAGGCGACGGGUCGGGCAAUGGCUCCGGUUCUGGCUACGGCUCGGGAGGCGGUUCAGGGUAA